GGAUGAAUGUGGAUGCGACGGUGCGUCGACUACGCACGGCGGUGUAGUAACUUUGAAAGUGCGUGAAAAAACAUGAAAGAUAGCCCACGACUGAGAGAUCGCUCCUGAGUGACUGUGAUCCCAUCAUGCCAUUGUUUGUGGUGCGCACUUCCCAGCUGCUAUGGGUGCGUCUAGCGGCCCUGGUGUUCUCCUGUGUGGCCUUCAGUGUUGCAGUGCAUGGAGCCGACCUUCACCAUACUGGCAUGACUGACUGGUGUAUUUUCUGCUGGGCAUUCAGCUUCGCCGGCACCCUGCUGGUUCUACUAGUGGAGCAAUUUUCCCUCCAGGCCAGAGUCCCGGUCUCCUGGUCCAACUUCCCCAUCACUAUGGCCUGCUAUGCUGCCCUGCUCUGCCUCUCUGCCUCUGUCAUCUUCCCGCUCUGGUCCUUUAAGGAACAAAGGAGCUAUGGUGAGCAACGGGACUACCGCAUUGCCUCCACAGUCUUCUCCUGUCUGGCAGCGGUGGCCUACAUGGGCGAGGUGAGCCUGUCUAAGGCAAGGCCUGGAGAGGUGGCGGGUUACAUGGCUACGGCUCCGGGCCUGCUGAAGGUGUGCCAGACCUUUGUGGCCUGUGUUAUCUUCAUCCUUGUCAGCGACCCCAUAACAUAUGACCGCCAUCCGGCACUGCAAUGGUGCAUGGCGGUCUACUGCAUCUGCUUCAUCCUCUCCAUGGCUGUGGUGGUCUUGUGCGUGGGCGAGUGCACCGGCUGUCUCCCAAUCCCAUUCUCCAAGUUCCUCUCAGCUUACGGCCUCCUGGCGGUCAUCAUGUACUUAACUGCCACCAUCAUCUGGCCUGUGUUUCACUUUGACAAGAAAUACCGAACCAGAGGCCUGCCACAAGACAGACUGAUUACUGUAGCAGCGCUGACUGCGCUUAACUUCCUGCUUUACCUUGCUGACCUGGCCUACUCUGCCAGACUAGUGUUUGUUACUGUGUGAGACGGGACAAAAUGAAGUAGCUAAGAAGCAGACCAAUUAAUGAGGGAGAAAAUGGACAUAAAGGGCCCAAGAGCUUCAGUGACUUAACAAUGUAGUGUAACUGAAUUAGUGAAUUGCUGAUAAAAAAAAAAAAAAAAAAGACUCUUUGACUCUUUAGCCAUCUUUACACAGAGUAUCUAACCUUGGGGAAAAGGUCACCCGUUGUAAGUUUGUAAUUAUAUGUCUGGCUAUAGGCAAACGGUGGGUUAUUAUAAGAAGACAAACAGCCCAGUCUGACUUGUGCCAAUCCUGGUAUGUGUAACCAUGCACGCCACUCAGGCAGCCCAUUACCUGUGCUCUGUGUGCAUAAUAAAGUGAUUGAGACCCACUGUACCCACUGGGUUACAGUUUAAAAGUCUUUAAUUGAAUGCUGCCAUGAAUGGCUGCUACAGCCAUGGAUUUAGUGUGGGUACCUUUAUUGAUUGACAUCUUUCCAGUCCUGGUUUGAUAGCAAAUAUAAUGUUGGCUGUGUUUAAAAACAGAAGAAGGUGAUAACACACGUUUGCUCAUUCCUGUGAAUGAAUGAAAGAAUGAAUUAAGGGACUGGGCCAACUUUAUAGACCAACUUCGAGUGGUCUAUAUAGUGGCUUCAUCAAAUAAUGAUAAAAGCUACCAAGAAAAUCAUUGAAAAAGCAUGACAUUAAACAGAGUAGUUUAGAGCUAAUGUAAACUUCUUUCUUCUGAUGAGUUAAAGACCAAUAAAGAUAAACAAAUAACCUCUCUCUGCCCUGCCUUUUUUUUUUUUUUUUUUUUUUUACCAAAGUAAGCUCCUUGUGUAAAGAUGGCUUUUGUGUCAUAGAGUUAAAAAAAAAAAAUAAAUAAAUAAAAAAAAAAAUCAGAGCUAUUGCUGCUGAGUUUUGCUGCUGCCAAAAAAGACACAAGAAUGAAAUCAAGCACACUAAGGUGUAUGAGUUUGAAACAAAUGCCCUGCUUUUUGCUGUGAUACCAUUUCACCUCUUGCGUUGAAAAAUUAUGACUGUGUAGCAAAAGAUCUCACCAUGAAAUCAAUUUUCAAACAGUAGAGUAGCAACAAAAAUGAGCAGUGCAAAGCCAGUAAAAUCCACUGAAAUCACACACACUGGAACACUGACAAUAGGAGAGGGAAACAUUUUUAGCAGGAAGAAAUGUAUUGAUGUGAUGCCCAGCCCACCUUUGCUCAGUGUAUGUGACCGUUUAACCCAGUUUAACAUGAUAAUCUGUACAUUGUCUUAUGUGUUUCUUAAAUUAUAAAUAUCAGUUAUUCUGCAGAAAAUGUUUUACAUGCAACUUGUGUGAAGACACCAGUGUUUUAGCCAAACAAAUGUGAUGUAAAUCAGCUUUUUCUUCAGCAUUAAAGCAU